UCAUGGCACUGUGUGUUAAAGUGGUUUAGUGUGGAGCGAGAGAAGGAAAGAAAGACCCAGUCCCACCAGCUUCACUCCUCCUCUGCCAGCACACAUCUGCUGCUGAGGAGAUGGGACACUGAUCCAGAGAGGAGUGUUUAAUGGAGUUUGCUCUGCACAGCAUGGCUGACUACAUCAGUGUGCUGUGAGAGGGGAAAGUGGACUAUAAUCUCCAGCCGGAGAGUAUUUAUUAUUACCUUCUCUUUGGCUGAGCUGGUGCUUUCUCUUAAACUUGGGGUGAUGUCCCAGUGUUGGUGCAGGCAGGUCCUGCUUGGUGUGGAACUGGGCAUACUGGUGGCGGUCCUGGUGGCCGGUGGUGCAGGACAGAUCCAUGACAGGAGGGAAGCAGGGUCGUCCUGCUACGGAGGAUUUGACCUAUACUUUGUUUUGGACAAGUCUGGCAGUGUGCAACAUUACUGGAAUGAGAUAUAUUACUUUGUUGACCACUUGGCUCACAAGUUUAUCAGUCCUCAGUUGCGGAUGUCGUUCAUUGUGUUUUCAACAGAAGGAAGGACUCUCAUGGCACUAACAGAAGACAGAGAGCAGAUUCGAGCCGGACUGGAGGAGCUGAGAAUGGUGCAGCCAGGAGGAGACACCUUCAUGCACAGAGGUUUUCAAAGAGCCAGCGAGCAAAUCUACUACGGGACUGGAGAUGGUUACCGAACAGCUAGUGUUAUCAUCGCCCUGACGGACGGUGAACUGAGAGAGAAUCAGUUUGACCUGGCACAAAGAGAGGCCAGCAGAGCACGCCAGUUGGGCGCCACUGUGUACUGUGUGGGAGUGAAAGACUUCAAUGAAACUCAGCUUUCAACAAUAGCUGACAGUAAGGACCACGUCUUCCCUGUGAAUGAUGGAUUCGAGGCGCUACAAGGCGUCAUUGACUCGAUCCUGAAGAGAUCCUGCAUUGAGAUCCUGGCCGUAGAGCCCUCCAGCAUCUGUGAAGGAGAAUCUUUCCAGGUGGUAGUCAAAGGAAAUGGUUUCCUUCACGCCCGAGACGUCCAGAAAGUUCUCUGCAGCUUUCGCAUCAAUGACACAGUUACUCUGAUGAAAAGACCAUUGGUGGUGAAAGAUAUCUACCUUUUGUGUCCAGCUCCUGUUCUGGAAAAAGAGGGAACGUCUGCCACUCUCCACGUCAGCAUGAAUAACGGCCUGAGCUUCAUAUCGAGUUCUGUCACAAUUACUGCAGUUGCUUGUUCUGACGGGACCUUCGUGGCCAUAGCUCUGCUCAUCCUGAUGUUCCUGCUCACCAUCGCUCUGCUGUGGUGGUUCUGGCCUCUCUGCUGCACUGUGGUGAUUCAUGAGCCGCCUCCUCCAGUAAUAGAGGACGACUCUGAUGACGAGGAUGGUUUUCCCAAGAAAAGGUGGCCCACAGUAGACGCCUCGUACUACGGAGGGCGUGGAGUCGGAGGCAUCAAGAGAAUGGAGGUCCGGUGGGGAGAUAAAGGCUCGACUGAAGAAGGAGCCAAACUGGAAAAAGCUAAAAAUGCUCGAGUUGUAAUGCCUGCAGAGGAAUUCGAGCCACCACGACCGUACUACACCACGCACAAAACCAUCCGCCCCCAGAAGUGGUACUCUCCCAUCAAGGGCAAACUGGAUGCUUUGUGUGUCUUCCUGAGGAGAGGUUAUGACCGAGUGUCUGUGAUGCGACCUCAUCCUGGAGACAAGGGCAAGUGCAUCAACUUCACCCGAAGCAAAUCCUACCCUGCUCCUCGAUAUCCCAUCUACAACCAUCCCUCCACGCCCGUCUACACUUUGCCCCACAGUUACCAGCGUCGUGCAUCAGACGACAGCAACCUCUUCAAUUUGCCACCUUCGCCAACUUCAACACUCCCCCCGCUACCGUCCACUCCUCCUCCAUCGUCAACCACCCAUCCCGGGUACACACCACCUAUGAACAGAGCCCUGCCCCCAGCCAACAUGAGCCCAGAGUCCAUACCCCCGUCUCCAACUGGCUCCCUCCCGCCUCCACCUCAGGGCCCACCCCCAUGUAGAGCGCCUCCUCCAUCACGCCCUCCUCCACGCCCCAAUCAUGAGAACCACUGAUGAGGAUGAUUAAGAACCAAAGAGUUGAGGAGGAGGAGGAGGAUCUAAGCUCAGGAUGGAAACCUGAAAAGACCUUCUCACUGUGCCUCUGUUUAAUUAAGCCUGAACAGAGUGAGAAUUAAAGUGACUUUCUAAUGCUGACGAUUCAUCACCUGCACAGUGAAAACUCAACAUUUAAGUCUUCAACAAGUGGCGUGUGCCAUGAACUAAGACUUUUUUUUUAAGUCUAGAAAUGAAUAUUUAGUGUAGCAAGCACAGCUUUGGCUUUUAAAUGCUAUUGGAGCUAAGCUUAUUCAUUUUUUCAGAACACUUCUUCCUAAUAUCAGAAGUCAGACAAAUUAGUCAAGCAUUGCGAUGUGCUAUGGAGUAGUAUAAACUUGCUUUUUAGCCUUUGCCUGAUCAGAGACUAAUCUUUCACUGCUUUCCAGAGUGAAAAACAAUGAUCAUGAGUUUAAAUCCAGUGGCUCUGCAGCUGCGUCAUGUGUUUUAUACAUGCAAGUCUGUAUAUUUUGUGAAUGAAUAUUCAUUAGAUCACAUAAAUAUAUAUGUAUACAUCAUAUUGCAUUAGAGGUCUGAUUUCCAUGGAUGAGUAAAUGAUUUUUUAAGGUAAAAUUAGGAAAGUCAGUUAAAGUAAAUGUUGAAAACUAUUAACAUGGACACAAAUCCUAAAGUUGGACAGCCAGAGACUUUUAUCCCUAAAGUUGUCUGCAGGAAGCUGUUAACCACAAGAGUUACAUCUUUGGCAGCGUGCGCGGCUGACUGUCAGGAUUUAUUUAAGUCACAUAGUGCUAUAAAAUUUGACCUCUGGAAUAUCACCGUGAGACUGAUCGAGCAGACUGCAGUCUUGUGAUAAGAUGUGUUCAUACCAAUAUGUUGAGCAAUACAUGGAGAAGAAAGAUGGGGAAAUUGUUUCCAUCCCUUUUUUUUGCAUAAUCCAUCACCGUGAAUCCUCAUUGUCCUUAUUGUCAGAGCCUUUACCAUGCGACAAAGGAUUGUCUUUUUUUUUUUUUUUUUGUAAAUAUGUUUUAUUGUUUUGUUUCCCACAGAGAUGAAAAAUACAGAACAUAUGCAUAUCACUUCAAUUUACACAUUCAUCAGUGAGUUCACCAUUCCCACCCUCUCCCACCCGGAUCCCACUAGGAUAUAAAGCACACUUUGGGGAUUAUCUUUUAAUACUGGUGCUAGUUUAAGAUUUAAACUUAGACUUACAACCACAGCUUUAAAGGCUGCACACCGAUGGUUCACAUUCACAGCUAUAUGUGCACAGCUAAGCAGCUAAGCUAUCCGAACACACUUUCAAUAAAGGUUGACGAUAG